UUUCACCGUAAGUAUACAUGCAGGGAUCCUGAAAGUUGAAGGAUGGUCAAACUGUCUGCUGUACACCCUCUGUUAUUAUUCAGAGCAGCAUUGUCAUGUGCUUCAGUCGUUCAGCCAGAUGUUGUGAAGACCUUCAGUCAAGGACAAACAGUUGAUUUGGAGUGCCUGAUCACAGGUGACCGUGCUUUUGACUACUGGAUCAAGCUAACAGUUGGAGAAGCACCAGUGUUUAUUUUGUCUUUUUAUUUAAACUCUAAAGAGCCUACAUUCAUUGGGGAGUUCAAAAACAACUCCAGGUACAAGUGCAUGAUGAAGGGGAAUAGGUUUGUUCUGACCAUUGCUGAUGCUGGGAUGUCCGAUGUUGGAAUGUAUUAUUGUGCUGUACGAAAUUAUGAUGAAAUAACCUUUGGUCGUGGAGUUUUUUUGACGCAUGAGGGUGUAGAUACCAGGAGCCAUCUUAUCCAGCAGCCAGUCCUUGGGUCAGUCCAACCAGGUGACUCUGUUACUCUGAACUGUACAAUACAUGCUGACACCUGUCCUGGAGAACACAGUGUCUAUUGGUUCAGCCAUGGCUCAACUGAAUACUAUCCAGGAAUCCUUUACACCCAUGGAGGCAGGAGUGAUCAGUGUGAGAAGAGCCCUGAGGCUGGGUCUCCUACACAGAGCUGUGUCUACAACCUCUCCAAGAGGAACCUCAGCCUCUCUGAUGCUGGGACUUACUACUGUGCUGUGGCCUCAUGUGGGGAGAUACUGUUUGGAAAUGGGACCAUGCUGGAUAUUGAAGAACCUUCUCAACCAGACCCAAUGCUCCUGGCUUUAAUAAUGUCAAACAUCUUGAGCUUGAUCGUCAUUGUUAUCAUCAGUGUACGAUUGAGAAAGGUGUCUUCACAAGCAGGAAAAACUCAUCAGCAUACAGCGUCCCAAUCCAGCCAUGUGGCUGAGGAAGGGGAAGAGCUGAACUAUGCAGCAGUGAACUUCCACAGGAGAGAACUGACAGGGACAGGAAAAACGAUGGAGAUGGUUUACUCUGGAGUGAGACAGUGGGAGUGAGAGACACAUUUGGGAGUAAUAGUGUCACGCAAUCAACCUCAAAUACUAUUUCUUUAAUAUGGUGUAUACUGUUACACGGUUUAGAUAAUAAUGACUAUCAAUGUAAAAGAAAGGGGAGAUGUGCAUCCAGUCUUUUACCUUACUAUGUGGGGAAAACCAUGUUAAACUAAAUAUAAAUCAAGAGUAUAUUUUCAUUGCAAAAAUAUUGGUUGGGAAACUUGGAACAGUAAUGGAUCUACCCAUGUUGUUGUGAAUGUAAUCUAACACUUGCAAAAGAGUUUGAGAUAGAUUUCAAUACAUGUGACCAGUUCAAAACUGUCUUGCAUAAUUGUCCCUUUUUAUACUGAGUUAAUUGGCAAAUUAUGAAUAUUGUAAAUUUUUGGUAGUGAUUAUGCCAAUAAAUUAAAUUUUGCAUGUCAAAAUAUUGAUUUAAAAUCAUAUUCAUGCCAGGAGAAUUCAAAGGAAACAUUUCAGGUUGGAUGAUUGCUUACACACAAAUAAAAACAAGUAUGUUAUUGGUCAAAAGUAGGAAUUGCAAUACAAUAUUUUCUAAUAAAUUAAUUGUGUUGACUACUACAA